CAUCUCAAUCAUUAAACCGAUUCUGGCAGCGCGUGGAAGAUGGAUUCAAUCAAGCUGAAGAAAGAGCUCCGUCUUGGCCAGAGCGUACGCAAAGAUCUAUGCAGGCUCGUAUUCAAGCCAUCGAGAAAGCAACCAAAAAAUUCCAUGGAUGUAUCCGAGCUGCUGAAGCAAGAAAUCGAAGCGGUGCUUCAAAUGCAGACAUUAUGAAUGAAGCCAUACAAAUGCUCAAGACAGAUUCAAAAUACAAAUCGGGUUGGAAAUUUUCUCAUGUUUGGGAUAUGAUUAAAGAUUUUGAAAAAUUCAAAGAUUGUGCAGGGAGCUCUAGACAACAAGCAUCACGUGGGAUGCAAAAUUCUGAUUCAGAAAGUCAGGCUCAUACUUUGCAUGGCUCGCAAACUUUGUCGUCUUCAUUUCCUAUGAGCUGUGAUGAUGGCGAGGAACAAAUCCUUGGUGGUUCUUCUUCAUCAAGGCCUAUCGGGGUGAAGAAGGCUAAACUGAAGAAAAAACAGUCUGGUAACUCAGAAUCAUUUAUUGUUGCUCUAGAAAAACAAAAUGAGCAAUAUAGUGCAAGCAUGAAACAAGCUCAUGAUAAUAUGUCUAUGUUUUUGAAACAACAAAAGAAUGGCCAUGAUCUCAAAACUAUCAAGGAAGAAAAUAAAAUCAUGGCUAUGGACUUGAGCUCUAUAGUCGAUCCUGAUAGUCGUGCUUAUUUUCAAGCUGAGAGAAGACGCAUUUUACAAAAAAGAGCUCAGCAACAAGAACCAAAUAAUUAUGCAACUGGAACAUAUCCUUCGUACUUCGAUAAUAUAGGAGGUUCUGGUUCUGGAUUACCGGAUUAUUAGAUUAUGUUUUUCAUUUUGUUAUUGUAAUUGUCGUUUGUCUUUAUUUUAAUUUUAUGUCGUUGUAAUGUAAUUUGCAUUUGUAGGAUCAAUUGUGGU